AUGUUUGAAUUUCGAGCUAAAGUAGAGACUUCAUGGUCUAUUUAUUUACCUGAAGAAAUCCCUCCACAGCAACUCAAACAUCAACCAAUUCAUUCCAUAACGAAGACAGUCGGCUCGCCGAAGAACUUGUCGAUCUUCUCCACGUUGCCAGCGGUGGUUUCGAGGGUGUUGUUGGAUUUGGCCAUGUCGGCCAACGCUGAGGAGGAGGAGAGCUUGAGGGGGAUGGGGGUGAAUGUGGAGGAGAAGGAGACGGAGAGUAUGGAGGUUCACAUGCGGGAUUAUCCAACGAAGGAGACUCUUGGAACUUGA